AGGACGGCAUGAUCGGGAGGGAUUCUAUUGACCCAUUUCUUCUAUUGAAUCUUAUCUCCUGGUGUUCAAUAAGGGGUUUUGCAUAUGAAACCACACUGGUGUCGAACAAGGCCUUCCAGACAAUGAAUGGGCCUCCCUUAACACGGUUUCACAUACUGUGAUUGGACACUAGUCAAGCUCUCCUGAUGAGGAUCAAUACUUAUGGAUCGGCCAUGGUCUCUUUGCCUGCUAAUUUCCUGACUGGGCCGAACACUGACAGAAAGUUAGUUUUGUGGUGUGCUACAAAACUAAUCAAACAGGAAACUAUGGAAACCAUUGGCGAGAUCAUACCAUUCGCAAAGGAGAUGCUAAACCAGAGGCCAGGCCGGAGCAUGCUGAAGAUCUACAUGCUUGGCUCCACUCUGGCGAUGCUUGGAGUCGUUGGUGGACUGGUGGAAACGGUUUUAAUGCCAUUUGUCGAGCAGGAGACUGUUGAGGACGUACUGGAAGAGCUGAUCAUGGAGGAGAAGAAGAAGGAGAAGAAGCAGGUGUUGAAGUCAAACACUACCUUGGUUCCCACUGAAGUUGUGGACGUGAUGGAGACGGAGGUGGUGGAGGCCAAGGCCAAACAUCUGACUGAGCGGAGAAGCUCCAGGUCCAGGUUGCAUGCUUCUUAAAGAAACCCUCCCCAGCUAAAUGGAGACUUGCAAUGUUGAUGCAAAUGGUGGUAAAUUAAAUCACCACUUUGAACUGGUCACUUUGUACUUGUCUUUUUAUUUCAGAUUUGGCUAAACAUGCAAUUUGAAAAAAUGAAUAAAUACACUGGAAACUGCAGGCUUCAGUAACGUCUGGCUGCUGGGCAGCAGAUAUUUGUGGAUGUGACUUGGUGAACGUGUUGAGAAAAUGGAAUUUGUGUGAUUUCAUUCAUUUUGCACUCCAAUAAAUCUAUUUUUCAGCUA